AUGGGUAGCACGCAGCAGUCGUGGGAGCGUAUCGUCGCCCAGAAACGCGCAGCCAGAGACCAGCUGCUCGCCCCGUACUUGGUUGACGAUGAAGAACAACGACAGCCCCGAGUGCAUCGGGUGGACGAGCGCAGUCGGUUGAAGGACCCUGAGAUGCAGAUAAUCACCGACAUUGACGGCAUCGAGGAACUGUCUCGGUCUCUUCGGAAAGGGGAGUUCACGGCCGAGCAGGUCACCAAGGCGUAUAUCAAACGGGCAGUGGUGGCACAUCAGCUGACCAACUGUUUGAGUGAAGUGGUCUUCGAGGAUGCCCUAGAACAGGCCAGGAAGCUAGAUGUCCAUUUCGACGCAGCGAGAGAGCCCAAAGGUCCUCUGCAUGGAGUCCCCAUCACCCUCAAGGACCAAUUCAAUCUCACGGGCGUCGACACUACGCUGGGUUACGUGGGCAGGUCCUUUGCUCCCGCAGAUGAAGACGCGGUCCUCGUCCAACUGCUGAAGAGCAUGGGUGCCAUCGUUAUCGCGAAAACAAACUUGCCUCAGAGUAUCAUGUGGGCAGAAACCGAGAAUCCUCUCUGGGGACUCACGACAAACCCGAGAAAUCCUGAUUUUUCGCCCGGCGGUUCCACUGGAGGUGAGGGGAGUUUGCUAGCACUGCAUGGCUCCCUGCUUGGCUUUGGCACUGAUAUUGGCGGGAGUGUGCGCAUUCCUCAGAGUAUAAUGGGUUUGUAUGGCCUCAAGCCGAGUAGCUCUCGAUACCCUUACCAGGGCGUUCCCGUAUCCACCGAAGGACAGGAACAUGUUCCUUCUUCAAUUGGACCGAUGACUCGUGAUCUGGCGUCUCUUCGCUAUAUCACUCAACUCAUCGCAGAUUCCCGACCUUGGGACUUGGAUCCUCGCUGUGUUCCUCUUCCCUGGAAUGAGCCUGCUUUUCAAGACAUUCAGAGCCGCCCGAUGGUUAUCGGGCUCAUUAUAGAUGACGGCGUGGUUAAAGUCCACCCGCCCAUUGCUCGAGCCUUGCAGGAGCUCUCGGCGGCAUUGAAAGCGCAAGGACACGACAUCGUGACCUGGGACACAUCGGACCACGCUGCGUGUAUGGAGAUCAUGGACCUCUUCUACACUGUCGACGGCGGCGAAGACAUCCGUCGCGACGUCACUGUUGCGGGCGAGCCAUAUAUUCCUCAUGUCGAGGCUUUGGUUAAUCGGGGCAAACCUAUUUCGGUAUGGGAAUACUGGCAGUUCAACAAACGCAAGCUUGCCGCGCAAAAGAAAUAUCUCGAUAAGUGGAAUGCCGUCCGGUCUUCUUCUGGAAAGCCCGUUGAUGUCUUGCUAAGCCCGACUUUGCCGCACACGAGUAUUCCUCAUCGUAUGUUCCGCUGGGUGGGAUAUACAAAGAUCUGGAACUUCCUGGACUAUACGGCCCUGACCUUUCCGGUGGAUCAGGUACGGGCUGGUCGGGAUACGUUGACUGGCCAGCCUUAUACACCGAGAAAUCCGCUAGAUGAGUGGAAUUGGAACCUUUAUGAUGCAGAAAAGAUGGAUGGGUAUCCUGUGAACCUGCAGAUUAUCGGGAAGAAGCUUGAAGAGGAGAAAGUGCUCGGGGCUGCUACCAUCAUUGAGAAGAUUUGGAAGAGCCGUGUCAGAGAUAUUUAG